CCCGGUUCCAGAAAGAUUGAAAACAAAUGUCACUUAUACCGCGUAAAUCAAUUUUUGGAUUUAUUACAUUCUUUUGUUUAGCUAGAAGUGUUACUGCUAAUAGUUAUAGAAAUAUGAGUAGUCUCGCAGAUGUUCAUUCCGUUGCAUAUGUAACAGUCCCAACGGAAGACGUUGCUAAAAAAUUGGCACAUGGCUUAGUGAAAAAUAAACUAGCUGCAUGUGUUAAUAUCAUACCACAACUUACUUCUGUAUAUGAAUGGAAAAACGAAAUCAAUGAAGAUAGUGAACUUUUAUUGAUGAUAAAAACGAGAACUGAUACUGUGGAUGCUUUGACAAAAUAUGUCAUGGAGAACCACCCAUAUGAAGUCUGUGAAGUAAUUUCAUUACCUAUUAAAAAUGGGAGUGAAAAAUAUCUUAAAUGGAUAAGUGAUAUAGUUCCACCUAUUGAUCAAAGGCAACAAUAA